AUGGCUGCACUCGCCUGUACCAUUCAGCUCUUGCAGAUUACGAGCCCCGACGGGUUCACGAGAGAAGAGACUGACGCCGCUCGUGAUGGGCGGCAACGGGCCACCGUUCCACGGCACACCGAAGCGCAUGAAGUGAUCGAUGGCACCUUCGAAUCCGGGUCGGGCUGGGACGACGACACGGGCAAAGCCGCUCUUCAAGAAUUCAUCGAAUACUGGGUCCGGGUCGUUGAUGAGGAGGUAGGACAACGUACUGAUCUGAUCCCACUCAAACGCCUGCUCAAAGAAGCGGACGUAGAAGCCCUCGGCCUCGGCCUCGUACAGGUUGAUCUCUGGCCGGCCACCUGGAGACUUGCGUGUGAUGGAGUUGAAAAGAUCAUAAUGCUGCGCGGUCAGGAUCGAAAUACUGUGCUUCUUUAA